AUGACUCGCGACAACAAGAAGUGGCAUACCAAGCAUCAAGUAGAUGACUUCGAUGCUGUGAGUCACUACCCCAGCGGACAGUCGAUUCUCCCCGGAUAUGUGAAAGGAACUGCAAAGCUCUUAAAGGAUAUCAUUCCAUCAGAUGCUGAUUACUACAUCGCAGAUGUUCGCAUUGAUUCUAUCGACAUCAAGCGUCACUUUCCAUUGCUUAGCAUCCAAACCGAGCACUCUCGAAACUUUACGAAUGACAUUGUAGGACAAACCACUCGAAUUGGUAAGCAAGCUCUUGAAGAUAUUGUUCAAUUCCAAGGCGUUACUUACACAAUCAUUCAAGGUGUUUACUGGAAUGAAGGUUUCAACACUCAAAUCAUCACCACAGUGAAAUCACUCUUUGAAGAACGAGCCAAACUCAAGAAGGAAGGUAAUCCUCUACAAAACGGCAUCAAACUCCUUUUGAACUCUGCAUAUGGGAAGCUCAUUCAAAAGCCAAAGGAGAAGUUGCUUGUCAAAGAUAUGAGUGCGCUUCUCAAGAAACUCUAUUACGAUCCAAAAACAGGAUUCAUCAGUGCGACAAAGCUCUACAAGAAAGCGAAAGCAAUCGAUGAAUCAAUCACAUUGAAACAAGUACAAGCUUGGUACAAAUCACAACCAAGCAUUCAACAACAUGCGGCGCAAAACAAGCAAUAUCCGCAAUUUCAUAUCACAUCGCACAAUCCGCACGAGUGGCAGAUGGACUUGAUGUUUAUCAAUAGUGACCGCAGCUUGAUUGAGAAGUUUGAGAAAAUCAGAGCAAGCGACAAGCCAGUGAAACCUAAAGAAGGGUCGCGAGUGCCGCUGGCAACGUCAAGCAAACCUGCACCCGCUCCGAAAAGUGGUCCAAAGACCAUUUCUGGGAAGAAGGCAAAACAGCAUAUUGGAAUGCUCGACGCUGGCGAUGAAGUAAUUCAGAAUUUGGGGUCAUUGUUUGAUGAUGCGGUGGACGAUCCUAUGACUGGCAAGGGUCUGAGCUCGGAGAGCUCGGGAGACCGUCGGUCUCCAUUUCGAUUGAACAAACUCAUGGGAAGAGGUUUCAAAGGCGGUACUGCUCGUGAAACCAUGAAUAAGGAUCAUCUUCAAAAGCAAAUUGGCACUAAAUUCGUCGUCCUCAAGGCAUUGCGAGAAGGGUUCCUUGUGUUGCGAUAUCCAUCGGGUACUUCGGUCGCUCGAAAGCUUCCAAUCUCUCAAGCAGUUGCUGACGUUGUUGAUGAUGUGAUCACUGAUAAGAAGUUUGAUAUCAAUCGAUACAACCAAUUGUCCAACAAUGAUAAGAAGAGCAUUUACGACUUGUUCAGGAUCACGCGUUACGAUCAAACGUUGCGAACGCCACUUCUAAACCCGUAUGAGUUGGAUGAGGCUGAGAAGUACAUGCUCGAACUUGCGAAGCUCAAAGGACAGCUUGAAUUGGUUGUAAAGGUCGGUAAGAUCUCCGAUGCGAAGCUUAAGAAAGCGUUGAAAGGUGGAUCGCUGACGUUGUCUGCUGCUGAAUUGAAACCUAACGAUUACUCUUUGUUACUUCAUCCCGAAAACGCGAAGAAGGUAAUCGCUGCCCAGAAGGCUAACAAAGGAACGCGAAUCCAAAUUGCUCGCGGAGAGGUCGAGCAUAACAACUCUGAGCUUCAAGGUGGAUCGAUCUUCUCAUCGAUUUGGAACUUCCUAAACGGGAAUGCGACUCCAUUGCUUGAUAUCGCCGCUAACGUGGCAACUCCGUUCGUCGGACCUGCUGUGGCAACUGGGGCUCGCGAACUAGCUCGCUCAAUUACUGGUAAGGGCUUGAGCUCGUCGAGCUCCGGAGGCCGAGGGCCUCAUUUUCCUAAAGGUAGUCCUGAAAUGAAAGCGAAGAUGGCAGCUCUCCGCGCUAAACGAAAGACGAAGACUCUCCAAGGCGCUUCAUUCCGCCUAGCGUGA